AUGAAUAUGUUCCUGGACUCAUCUGUCUACUUGCAUCACCACGAUGCUGAGUCGGACGUUCAUCAACUCCCGCUACAUGGGACAGCAAGUGACAAAACACACGAGCAACUCGUCAAUCCCCGUGUACUCUUGAGAACCCCAUCAAAAUCAGAGCCGCACAUCGAGAAGCCACAUCUCAUGAUGAGUCAAGAUGAUGAGCACCCAUCGUUGAAUCACGUUCUCUCUGGGCUAUGGGAUUCAUCAGCGAUGACAAAAGGAUUUCAACCAGGCGGUUUACAAGCAAGCGCUAGUUCGGGUGCCCUCCUGGCGGAUCCGUCCCAUCUGCAAGCCGCCCCACUUCGCAAAACUUCAUCAGCUGUUGAUUGGACAGUCGGUCUGCCUGAAGGAAUCAACAGAAAAGCCUCCAAUCAACAGAACGUUUCCGAGUGGGCGAGUCACCUCUUCGAGCAGCCGACCCGUAAGCAAUCGUUCGGCAAUCUCGGAUCACUAUUCCCACAUCCAACUCAACCAGUCAAUUGCACUCAAGACAAUCAUCUUUCCGUGGCUCCACUCCGUAAAAGCUCAUCAGCUAUCAUCCAACCAAUACACGAGGAACACGAAACCGCUAAUCAGGGCGGUCUUGUGAUGAGCACAGCUACAACCGAUCGCCAGCAAAUGGUUCAAGUACAACACUCGACAGGAUCCCCAUUCUCACAGCACAUCGUCAAUGCAGCUUCGACAUCUUCUAGUGGACACUCGACACCAUCAUCGGUGAAUCCCCUUGAUCCCGUUGUGCAGCCAAGCAGCAAGUCAACCGGAAUGCUGGGGAACAUGUUUAAAACCGGAUUCUGGGGUCGACCAGUCGUUCGUUCGGACGAAGAAAACUACCGUUACAUGAUGGCGUUGGAUCGU